GAUUUACUCUUUUUUUUUUCUUUUGUAGACAAAAAAACUGAAAUACCAAGUUCUGUUUCAAGGAAAAACUAGAUUUCUUUGUUCCGAUACAUGUUUUCAAGUUUUCCGUAGUAAACAGAAAUUAACUCCCACUAGUUCUUCAAGUAAUCUGACUUCUAAUCACGAAAUGUGUGCUCAGUGCAAAAAGGAAAUAAAAAAUGGACAGGGAUAUUUUCCAACUGGAGAAAAUAAACCAUUAUGUUCUGAAGACUGUAUGCAGAAAUAUCAACAGAUUCACGGACCGAAACAAGUGUGUUCUCAAUGUAAAAACAACAUCGAAGGUCGAACAAAAUGUUUAACAUGGGAAACUAUGGAAUUUUGUAAUGAGGAAUGUUUAGGAAAGUAUCAAACUUUUCUUGGUAGCCAUUGUACGUGUUGUCAAGCAGCGGUACAGCGAUCUUCUCUCGGGAAAUAUUGUGUAAGAUUUGGAUCUGACAUCAGGCAGUUUUGCUCUGGACGGUGUUUAGAGGAAUUCAAGAAAGGAUUGAAGGUUUGCAGUUUCUGCCAAAAAGAUUUAUCUAGUGGACAAGAGGGUUUCCUUGCUCCUGUCGGCGACAAAGGUUAUUUUAAAGAUUUUUGUAGCCAGCAAUGCAUGGAAAGAUAUGAAAUGAUGAAUAACGCAUCUGCUACUCCUCCGACACAGAAAUGUUCGGUUUGUUGCAAAACAGCGCCAAUUAAAGUACAAGUAAGAUAUGAAGGGAAAAGUCAUGCUUUAUGUAGCGAACCGUGUAUUGCAGCGUUUCGUUAUGCCAACAAAAUUAACACUACCAUUUGUGACACAUGCCAUAAAUUUUUUGAUUCAAAGAAUAGUCAGCCCUUUACUUUACAGUUUGAAGGUACUUCAAAAAGAUUUUGUGCAAAAUCUUGUAUGAAUCUGUUUGUUUUAUCUCAUCGUAAAAUUGUCCCAUGUACUUGGUGCAAAGUGAAAAAAUAUAAUUUUGAUAUGAUUGAGAGAGUUGAUUCUAACAAUCAUGUCCAACUCUUCUGUUCCCUUAAUUGUCUCUCGUUGUUUCGAGUAAGUCUAAAUGCAACUUCAUCAAGGAGUAUACGUUGUGAUCAUUGUCAGCAGUCGUUACCAGCCCAGUAUCAUCUUACAAUGAGUGAUGCAUCUAUAAGAAAUUUCUGUUCCUAUCAAUGUGUUAUUCAUUUUCAAAAUCAGUUUACACAUGUACCUACUCUCACAACUGCUACACCUUCUGUACGGCAGAAUGCAGCCAAUUCAUCAGGAAAGAUGACGACUCCACAGACUCCGACACCUAUUAUAUCAUCUGUUAUGUCCUUAGCUCCAUCGUCAUCGGCAUCAGCAUCGACCUCGUCGACAUCGUCUAAACAGAGUUCCCAACAAACACAGAAAUCUGUACAGAUUACUGUGCCACCUAAAACUAGAUCGGCUUCCCAAUCUCAAGCACAGUCUCAGCCCCCACCUUUGACUGUAAUAUCAACUAAGCCAAAUUCGGUAACAACUCAGUCAACAGUUACAACAACAGCUUCGGGUAGUCAAAUAAUAAGAGAAGUCAUAGUGAGGCCUCCUGCACCAAAGCUAUUAAAAAAUAAAGCGCUUCUUUGUAAGCCAAUUAUGCAAACCAAAGGAAUUUCAUGUAAACCUCAUCCAUGUCAUAAAUCUAUACAGACAGAUGAUGUAGUAUUGGAUAAGCCUGAGAUCCAACCAAUCGAAGUUGAUGAAAAGAAAAAAGAUGAGGGGUCUUACAAAAGGAAUGCUACAAUUUUAAAUUACUGUAAUUAUACUAAUUAUUACUUGAGAAGUAUGCAUUGUAAAUUGAUUGAUAGAGANCAGCCCAUCUUUGAACAGCUAGAGAAUGUAGACAAUCCGCUUCGUUGUCCUGUGAAAUUAUAUGAAUUUUAUAUGUCAAAAUGUCCAGAGAGUGUAAAGACAAGAAAUGAUGUGUUUUACUUAUAUCCAGAAAGAUCGUGCGUUCCAGAUAGUCCAGUUUGGUAUUCUACGCAGCCAUUGGGAAGAGAGUCUGUGUCCAAGAUGCUGCAGAGAAUAAGGAUGGUGCGUGAAAUCCACGAAAUAGAUGAUGACCAAAAAGGAUGAACGGAAGAUAUAAAUAAAUGAAAAAUAUAUAUAUAUAAAUAUAAAUAUCAUCAAAUGAAAGAAAUUUUAUUUGUAACAUUGUGUUGAACACAUUUGAGAGACUCAGUCAGUUGUCUUUGAUCACAUGUUAUUUCAUGACAAUAUUUAGUCAGUCAUCAAAUUAUAUUGUCAUUUUAUUCCUUAAUGUGACAAUAUGUAUUGAGCACACUCAACUUUUAUUAAAUUGUUUAGAUUAAAACAUUUCAAUAUUUUUUACUAUUGGCCAUUUUGAUACAUUCGACAUUACGUUGUUACUUAUGUUUUUUUCAGUUUUUUGUUUCUGUUCGUUACAGAACACGUUAAUUUAUGUGACAGACGAUGUUUAUGUAUCAUAACGAAAAAGUGUAAAAGUUUAUUUUUAAUCGGAAUUCUCGGAAGAGUUAAAUGUACGAAGAUUGGAACUUAAGUUAAA